CGCCGGCGCCGUCAUUCGAAUCAACGUGCUCCUCGUGUCUCUGAGGGCUACUCUCGUUGACCGAGACCCGUUCUCCUGGCGCCGUACACGUGUCACCCUCCUACUCGCUAGAGUCACCCGAGAGCCGUCACAUCUUUAUCCAAAUCCGUAGAAUUCUUUCUUGGAUUUCAUUUUCGCAAUCAGUUCGGAAAACUUCUCGCAUCUCCGAGCGAAGAGAAUUAAGGGUUUCCAUCAACUUGACCGCCGCUCUCCGCGAUGCCGCCCGAGCUCUCGCCCCGAUGGCGGGCGAAGGCGAACGAUUUCUUCUCAACUUCUGGUGUGAAGCUGAAGCAAGCAGGGCAUUCUGCGGGUGAAAAUGUUGCUGAGGCGGCGGAAAAGGUGGGAUCUCUGGUGAAGAGCAGGUGGGCCCUACUUAGGGAAUCGAGGCAGCGGAGAGGCGCCGACGCCGCCGGGAGAGACUUGUGGUGUGAGGAACGGAUUCUGUCGGCCGCAGCGACGACGGGUUUGCUUCUGAGGAAGGGCGUGUUGGAGACCAAGGAGAAGGUUGUGGUGGGUAAAUUGAAAGUUGAAGAGGCAGCGAAAAAAACUGCAGAUAAGAGCAAGAGCUUCUUGACUAAUAUUGAACGAUGGCAAAAGGGAGUAGCGAGUAACGAUGUAUUUGGUGUCCCACUUGAGAUUAUCAUACAACGUCAACAGUCUACUAGGCCUGUUCCUCAAGUCUUGGUACGAUGUGCAGAUCAUUUAAUAAUAUCAGGUAUACACUCUGAGUACUUGUUUAAAGACGAAGGGGAUAGAAAAGUAAUUCGGCAGUUAAUUUCAAUCUACAACCAAGACUGGAAUGCACAGUUGCCAGAUGGUGUAAGCGCAAUUGAUGUGGCAGCAUUGAUAAAAUGCUAUCUUGCUAGCCUUCCUGAGCCACUGACCACUUUUGCACUUUAUGAUGAAAUUAGAGAUGCCAGAAGCAGUAUUCGAGACAUGAGAAAUGUUCUGAAGAAGCUUCCAAAUGCAAAUUACAUGACACUGGAAUUUGUUACUGCUCUGUUGCUUCGGGUGAGCCAAAAGGCAUCUGUAAACAAGAUGGAUGCUUCCAGUCUGGCCGUGGAACUGACACCAGUUCUAAUGAGGCAGAAAGGUGAUUCAAGAGCAGACUACUGUAGCCACAUUUAUUAUACAAAAGGUCCUCCCAAGACAGCUGAUUUGGCAUCUAAUUACAACACCAGUGAUUACCUAUUGGAUGACGAUGAUAGUUUUGAUACUUCAUCACAAAUUCCUCUGGAUGACGGUUCACCUCCUGAUUACAGUGCCAUUGAGGUUAUCCAGUGUCUCAUUGAGCAUCACAAUCCCAUAUUCACAGAUGCAAACGAAACCAUAUGGAGAUGAAUUUUGAGAGAUUAUUUGCGACUAUUAGAGGUAAUGGUUGUUCAGAAUCGACGUUCAGAUGUGAAUAUAGCUGAUUUUUUAUUAGGCAAAUUUAGAUAGCAUAAUUUCUUUUUUCCUUUUUCUGGUGGCGUAUAAAAUUCUCCAAAGUAUUGAUUGUGGAUAUUGUAUAGUUGGAGCAUUGUUUUAGCAUUUUGAACGUAAACUGGGAUUGUAAGAAUCUUAAUAAGUUCCUCAUUGCAUUGUCCAAUAUUGAUCCAUACUUCAA